AUGGAUGAGGGCCCUGAAUUGGAUUACAAAACUCAAUUGCUUGAGCAGCAAAGACUAAUCACGCAAUUAUUGCAAUUGCAAUUACGGAACAAUAACGCGAGUGACGCGACCGCCAAUAUAUCGCAACAUUCGUCAUUAUCGGUGCCGGUACCGCCGCCAUCUGAAUUUACGUUUCAAGCUGAAGAUUGGAGCGAAUGGAAAACGCGAAUUUUACGAUUCAAACGUAUUGCAUUGGCGAACUAUAGUAGUGAACAGCAAGUGGACUACCUUGUGGGAUAUGUGGGUGGUAAAGCUGAGAACAUUUUGAAAUCUUUUCAUUUGAGCAACGAGGAACUCAAAGAUUUUGAAAUUGUCUUUAGCAAAUUCGACAAUUAUUUCGUGUUAAAGAAAAACUUAGUGUACGAACGUGUACGGUUUUUACAACGCGCGCAGAAUAACAAAGAAUCAUGUGAUAUUUUCAUCACAGAUUUGACCAAUUUAGCACAAACCUGUGAAUGGGGUACAAUGGAAGCUGAGAUGAUAAAGCUUCGCAUAAUUGCUGGACUAGCUGAUAACCGACUGUCAGUUCAAUUACAAGCCAAGCCGGACGAUUCUUUGGAAGAAAUCAUCAGGAAAAUAAGGUUAGCCGAAUCAUUGAAAAAACAACAGACCGUCAUACGAGCAAGUGGCCCAAACCCCGAGACUAGUACAUCCGAGCAAAUUGAUGCAGAGGUAAACUACGUCCACAGGGGUACUAAACCGAAAAAUACUCAGCAGAAAUACAACAGUAAUGCUACAAGAAACUUAGGUAGUGGGAAAACGUUUCAGAAAAACAGAGACAACCCACAACCACAAGAGGAGAAGGAGUGCCGAAAAUGUGGAUUAAGCCCCCGGCACGCAUUUACAGAUUGCCCUGCGAGAAACGACUUCUGCAGAUCAUGUAACAGGAAUGGCCAUUGGGCAGCAAAAUGUCCGUCCCGCAAUAUGCAGCAUCAAACCAACUCAAAAAGUAGAUACGAAGCUAAAAAGGUUGCCGCAGUAGAGAUAAAGAACAACUCUGGGGUAAGUGAAGGCGAUUUAUUCUUUUUGGGAUCGAUACAAACUCAAUGCUGUGAACCCUGGCAAGCUAUAGUUAAUGUCAGUGGAGUGCCUAUAAAUUUUAAAAUUGAUACGGGAGCAGAUGUUACAGUAUUAAAAGCGGAGUUAUUGCCCAAAUUUAAACAUACACAAUUAGACUCUCCCCAGAGACCCUUGUUGUCCGCUUCGGGUGACAAAAUUAAUGUCAAAGGUACAUUUGAAGUAAAUAUGUUCUAUAAAGACAGAAUCCACAGCACUGAGGUUUAUGUUGUUGAGAACCUACACGCUAACUUGUUAAGUCGCGAUGCCAUAGAAGCAUUGGGGAUGCUAUCAUGGGCAAGCUCGAUAACCAUUCAAGAUAAUUUCCCUCAACUGUUCCAAGGAAUAGGUGACCUUGGAAAACAGUAUACAAUUGAGUUGAAACAGGAUUCUAAACCAUUUUCAAUCGCUACCCCGCGAAGAGUAGCGAUCCAUUUACGCGACGCGGUCAAAGAGAAUUUGGAAGCGUUAGAAAAACAGAAUAUCAUCUUUAAGGUCUCUCAACCCACCCGGUGGUGUGCGCCUAUGGUGGCCGUUCCGAAAAAGGACGGUAAAGUUCGUAUAUGUGUGGACUAUUCCAUGCUAAAUAAAUGUGUUCUUACGGAAAAGCUCGUUUUACCUGAUAUAAGUGAAGCAUUAGCACAAAUAGGUCCCAAUGCAAAUUUUUUCUCAAAAAUAGACGCCACUGCAGGAUUUUAUCAUGUUUCGUUAGAUCCACAAUCUCAACUCCUAACAACUUUUAUAAGCCCCUUCGGUCGUUGGGCGUUCAAAAAGUUACCCAUGGGUAUCACGUCCGCCCCAGAGAGGUUUCAAAGAGAGAUGUGGGAAGCCCUAGAAGGUCUCGACGGUAUAAUCAACGUAGCCGACGAUACGCUUGUAUUCGGCAGUACGCGAGAAGAACAUGAUCGUAGACUUCAACUCGUAUUGCAACGGUGUUCGGAGAAAGGUAUAAAACUCAACAAGGACAAAUGUAUUUUCGGAGUUAAGUCACUUACCUUUCUUGGUUUUAUAAUAUCAAACAAGGGUGUAGGAAUAGAUCCUCAAAAGAAGUCUGACGGAAGAGACUGA